AUGGAGAGUCGCCAGCAGCCUCCCUGGCAACAGCCCCCCGCUCACCCCGACGCUCGCCUCCCCCCCCUCAAAGUAUGGAACUCCUUGACCAGGUCCAAGACUCCCUUUGUGCCUUUGGACCCUCAAGGCCGGAAAGUUAAGUGGUACGCCUGCGGUCCGACAGUCUACGACGAUGCGCAUCUGGGUCACGCCCGAAACUAUGUCAGCACCGAUAUCCUGCGCCGUAUCCUGCGGGACUACUUCCGGUUCGACGUCGAGUUUGUCAUGAACAUCACGGAUGUCGAUGACAAGAUCAUCCUCCGCGGUAGACAGCAGCACCUGUUCGACAAGUACGUUACUGCGCACCCUACGGUUACCCCCGACGUCCUCGAAACCGCACGUGUCGCAUACAGCGCCUACGUCAAGAAGAACCUCCCGCUGGUCGAUCCCGAAACGAAACCGGAGAACUUUGUCGCGGAGGCUCAGAAGGUCUAUGGGGUAGUGCUCCAGGGUGGCGCGCUGGAAGCGGACAAGAAGCCUGGUGAUGCGGAGGUCAAGAUCAAGAUGCACAUCAAGACCGUAACAACAACGGCAUUGGCCAUUGCCGAGGCCACCAAGAAAGGCUCGAGGAUUGACGCGGCUGCCAGCAAGGCUUUCUACAAUGCCGCUCAGGAUGUCUUCUGCUUCUAUCUGGACGUGACGGAGGGAGCGACAAUUCCGGGCGAUGCGCACGAGAUCUUCACGAAAUUGACGAAAAAGUACGAGGACCAUUUCAUGAGGGAUAUGCGCGAUCUGAACGUUCUCGAUCCCGAUGCGGUUACCCGAGUCACCGAAUACGGCCAGCAGAUUGCCGACUUUGUCGAGAAAAUCGUCGCAAACAAAUUCGGCUACGUGACCUCCGAUGGCUCCGUCUAUUUCGACAUCAAGGCCUUUGAAGCCGCUGGAAACCACUACGCACGACUGGAACCGUGGAACCGCAACAACCAGCCUCUGCUGAGAGAUGGUGAGGGUGUGCUGUCUCGCGCAACCGAGAAGAAGUCCCCGGAUGAUUUCGCCCUGUGGAAGGCAUCCCGUCCAGGAGAGCCUAGUUGGUCGAGCAACUGGGGCCAGGGACGCCCAGGCUGGCAUAUUGAGUGCUCAGCAAUGGCGUCGAGCUGCCUGGGAAGCCAGAUUGAUAUCCACUCCGGUGGUAUCGAUCUUGCCUUCCCUCACCAUGACAACGAGCUUGCCCAAAGUGAGGCUUACUGGUGUGAGCACAAGCAGCAGUGGGUCAACUACUUCCUGCACAUGGGUCAUCUGUCCAUCCAGGGAUCCAAGAUGUCCAAGUCGUUGAAGAACUUCACUACUGUCAAGGAUGCCCUUGAGCGCGGUGACUACACGGCCCGUAGCCUGAGAAUUGUCUUCCUGCUUGGUGGGUGGCGCGAUGGAGUGGAGAUCACCGAUGACCUCGUCAAGAAUGCCUCUUCCUGGGAGGAGAAGCUCAACAACUUCUUCGUCAAGGCAAAGGACCCAUCUAGCUUCCGGUCCGGAUCCGACGAGACCCCCACACCAGCCACCGAGACGUUGGCUCAAGCCUUCAAGUCUACACAGGAGAAGGUCCACGACUACUUCUGUGACUCCUUUGAUACCCCGAAAGUUAUGGCUGCCAUCUCGGAGUUGGUCACGACGUUCAAUGCCCUGGACAGCCACACCUUGGACCCCAAGGAAGCGGAAGCUAUGGCGACAUGGAUCACCCGGAUUGUGACGAUCUUUGGCUUGAAUGGCGCCACCUCCCCUGAUAAUUGCGGAAUCGGCUGGGAAGGCACCGACAUCCCUGAAGCAGCCAAGCGUUUCUUAUACCCCCUGUCCGCUAUGCGUGACUCCCUGCGCCAAGCUGCCAUGUCCGGUACCCCGAUUACUUCCGAGCAAGUUAAGGACAUCGUUGGCACAACUACUACCGAGACAGACGUGUCUGAAUCUGCUAAGCCGUACUCCGAGGUCUUGGACAAGUUUACUUCUCAAUUAGCCUCAUUGAGUCUGGAGGACUCCAAGAAGGCGUCCAAGGACAUUCUUUCUCUCUGUGAUAGUCUGCGGAACGUUGACCUCUUCAACCUCGGAAUCUACCUGGAGGACCGUGAAAACAAGCCCGCACUGGUCCGUCCCGUCACCAAGGAUAUGCUGCAGGCCCGUGAGGAACAAGCGCGCAAAGCCUUGCUGAAGCAGCAAGAAAAGGAGAAGCAGGAAAAGCUUGCCCAGGAGAGACUUGAAAAGGGCAAGCUCAACCCCGUGGAGAUGUUCCGUACCAGUGAGUACAGCGCCUGGGAUGAAGAUGGCAUCCCGACGCAAGAUGCAGCUGGUGAGCCCCUUGCCAAAAGUAAAAGCAAAAAGCUUCGGAAGGAUUGGGAGCGCCAAAAGAAGGCUCACGAAGCCUGGCUUGCAAGCCAGGGAGCAAAAUGA